AUCCCAAGAAUCUUCACCCGUCCCGUGCCUCCAUCAUGACCAUCUGAGAUCUAUCACGCAAUACCCCUUCCUCUGCCAUACAUCAGGUUGAUCUACAGGUGCAAAGUCUGCAUGCAAUCCCCAUAGUUCAUUGCUCACAGGCUCAGAUGUCUCCUCAACAAUCCGCAAGUCCCUCGGCGUCAUCGAGAAGCGCUUCACCCAUAGCACUGAAGACUGGAGAGAGUCAAGGAUCCGAUGGCUAUAUAGCCCUCGGAUCUAUCCGUCUUGUUCAAAUCUUCCAGGGCAAUGACCAUGGCGCUUGGAACAUGGUUGGUAUGGACGGCCUGGCCCCAUGGCCCAGUCGACAUCUAGAAUCUGCGAUCCAAAAGGAUUGGAUAAGAACCGAUCUUAGACACCACUCAACCCACCAUCAUCAUGCCGCUCUCCGAGUCUAUGCUGCACCUGAGAAUCUCAAGCGUCGCACUCAAACUUCGGUCAAAGACUUCAGAAAGCUCCUCAAAGGUUUGAUCAACUUCAUCGACAUUUCACCCCGGACUUGGACCGCUACUCAUGAUGUUGAAUCUACCCUGCUCACAUACCGAUCCUCCCAGACUGCACACCAGGAAUCUCUUUUCUACAUAUUCAACACUCUGACCUCCCCACAGCCAUCCUUGGAUAAUCUUGCUUCGAUGCCCUACGCCCAACAAGCCAUGAUGGAUGUCCUCCAAGAUGAUGUCGCUGGUUUGAGAUCAGCCUUGUAUCCCUAUCAGAAACGCUCCGCAGCUGCCAUGAUUGAGAAGGAGUCAAGGCCCUCCAUGACUCUAGAUCCAAGGAAGCCGCCGUUCAUAGAUCUUCAGGGACAUCGCUUCUACUUCGACAUCAUUGAUGGCGUUCUCCUCCUCGAGCCCUACCUAUACAGUGAGCCUCAAGGAGGCAUCCUUGCCGAGACCAUGGGAUACGGGAAAACAUUAAUUUGUAUUUCCUUGAUUCUUGCCACUCGAGGCCAAUAUCCCAAAGUUCCAGAAGCGAGACUGAUCCUGUCGGACGACUGUCCAAAUCUUCGAACCCCAACACUGGUCGAGCUCGCCGCAAAAACACUCAAGAGAUCCGGAACUCCCUGGAAAGCGCAGCUUGCAGAUCUCGAGAAACUAGGCUAUCAUUUUGAUGACUGCAAGCAGGCGUUGGACAAAUGGGAAGCUGAAUAUGCCGAACCCAUAUUUCACCCCGUCACACCAGAUCGCAGAGCUAGUCAUCGAGAAAGCUACUCCAUUCGCCGUCUGAGCUACUCAACGCUCGUCAUUGUUCCUCCUAAUUUGCUCAUCCAAUGGCAACAUGAGAUUCAAAAGCACACCGAACAGGGAGCCCUAGACGUCCUGGUAAUCGACUCAAACACCAAGUCUAUUCCCGAUUAUAAGAUUCUGAUGCAGCAUGAUGUCGUCCUGAUGACCAAGGCCCGCUUCGAGCAAGAGUAUCGCGAUGAUGACCUUAAUCAAGGCAGACGAGCUACUGGCUCCGAACGAUUCCGGUCACAGCUCGCCGAGAUCCGCUGGCUGCGCGUCAUCUGUGAUGAAGGUCACGGCUUCGCCGGCGCCAGCUAUCGUACCAAUGCCAUGGCCAUGCUGGAUAAAUUGUCUAUCGAGCGACGAUGGGUCGUAUCAGGAACUCCCUCAACGUCCUUGCACGGAGUCGAAGUAAAUCUUGCCACGGAUGAAACUCGAGGAAAGACCACCAUUUCUCGAAAAGCCUCCAUCGAAACUGCUUUGCAAGGUCGAAAAUCUCAGGAUGCAAAUCAUGACGAAGUCAAGGAUAUGGAGAGACUGCGAGUCAUGGUGGUAAAAUUCCUAAGGCUACAACCUUGGGCAAAUCAAAAGGGAGCCGACUUUGCGGAUUGGAGAAAAUACCUUGCCCCUUUUGAUGCCUCUGGGAAUAGGCGGUUCUCUCCUGGGCUGAGAACAGUUCUUCAAUCGCUCAUCAUACGGCAUCGCAUAGAAGACAUUGACAUUGAUCUUCAACUCCCCACGCUCCAUAAUAAGACCGUCUAUCUCGAACCAAGUUACUACGACAAGUUGAGCAUGAACUUAUUCAGACUGGUGCUCACUUCCAACGCUGUCACUUCUGAGCGGGUCGAUGAAGAUUACAUGUUUCACCCCAAAAACCGAAAGUCCUUGGACGAGUUGAUCAACAACCUACGACAUUCGAGCUUUCACUGGGUUGGCUUUUCAAAGCAUGAUGUCGCCGAGACCAUCCGUGUGAGCAACGCUUAUCUUGACAGCAAUAUUGACAAGGUCUCUGACAGUGAUGGAUAUCUGCUCACAGAGGCUAUCAUGCACGGCCAACGUGCACUGGAUGAUCCUGGCUGGUGUGCUUUUUCCUUUCUCCACGAAAUCGGGGUCUACGUGAGUGAUUUCCCGGAGCAUGCUGCGCAAGCUUGGUCGCUGCAUGGCGAGGAGUCAUCCCCUUUGUUGUUGGGAACCGUUCAAGCGCGUGAAGCUCAACAAUUUAUCCUCCAAAAUCUCGAUUCAUAUGAUCCUGCUGCUGGUCUGACUGGGGCUGGGAUGCGAGCAAUGAACGCGGCCCGGCAAAGGGGGCGAGAAGAGCAGGCUUUCCGCGAGAAGAAUUCUGCCAACAGCUCUGGCAAGGUUCAGCCGGCAGGGUCAGGCGAGCAGCCCAAGGUCAAAAGCCAGUCGACUUUUUCAUCAUCUUCACCGUCAUCGCCUGUCAGAGGACCUAAGUCUGCUUCUUCGGUUGGAGGUCCGGGAAACAACCUCAAACGAUCUUUCACAGAUCCAAUGGCCCCUCUUCCCGCUGUCCUUGCUCCCACAAAGAUCAUCGGCUUUACGUCGGCCAAGCUCAGCUACCUUUGCUCACAAAUCUUGUGUCUGCAAGACAGCGAGAAGAUCAUCAUCUUCUACGACUCAAACAACAUUGCCUUCUGGAUUGCUGAAGCACUGGAACUACUAUCGGUGAAAUUUCUCAUCUACGCAAACACGCUCUCCGUGACACGAAGAGCAGCGUACCUGGCAACGUUCAAUCACUCUGACGCGAUCCGAGUACUCCUGAUGGAUCUCAAACAAGCCUCACACGGGUUACAUGUGGCGUGCGCCAGUCGGAUUUUCAUCGUGUCUCCAAUCUGGCAGCCGAGCAUCGAGUCACAGGCGAUCAAGCGGGCCCACCGAAUCGGACAGACGAGGCCGGUGUUUGUCGAAACACUGGUGUUGAAAGGCAGCUUGGAAGAGAAGAUCCUUCACCGUCGACGACAGAUGAGUAACGCCGAGCACGUCAAAGCGGAGAAGAGUUUGUUGGACGAUCGCACCAUGAAUCAGAUCAUUCGCGACGAAGGCUUUCUGAAGAUCAACCAGCUCGACAAGCAGACUCUAACGGGCAGCAAAAUGGAUGUGCCGGUGCCGCUGUUUGAACGGAGGGGCGAUGGAAUGGAGCAACUCGGUGAUAGUGAAGCGAUCCUGGAUUACGAUGGAGGUGGAGGUGUUGUUGCAGGUGGUACAGGCAGUCUACUCGGUGAGGACGACAGGUCCCCUCCCUUGCAUGCGGAGAGAGACAUACAUGUCUCCAAGCGAGCGAAGAAGAUGGAACCUGUCAGAACGACAGGAUUCAGCAUACCAUUUGGCAUCGACAGCCCACAAGGCCCGGACUCGAGAUCCUCGACCCCGUCAAAUCAUGGUGAUCAACGUGUACAGUUCGUUAAACAGAAGAAAUCUGUCACGAUUGAUAUGAGCGUUCCUCCCAGUAUAGGGACAGUGUGAUGGGACCGGUGAUUGGAUGAAUCUAUAACGAGAAGCCAUGAGGCCGACAGAUG